CGCCCCCUUUUUCGGGCGUUCACUAUGGCUUUGCUGGUCAUUUGGAUGCUAUACACAAUGAUGUUGCUGCCGAUGGUGAUCCAGUUCCAGUUGCACGAAUGUCCAGGAAAUUAUGAUGCAUUUUUAUGGGUUUUCAGUGUUUUUGCUUUGGUGCAGUUUUUCGACAAGGAUUACGUUUCGUCACUGUUCUGCCCCGAAGAAGUGAUCUGCUUGGGAUGGGGAUCCAGUUUUUUCAGAAGCUUCCGGAGCUACGCGUGUUGGAUUGGGCAAUGGGCGAUGGGCAAGGAUGCAACGAGUGCAACGUACAUAAGGAAAAAACGGCAGCGAAAUUGAGGGCGAAUAAAAAUUUAUGCAUUUUCAUUGAUAUGCAAAGCGCUGUUGCAGGCCGAAGAUGAAGAAGAGAGAAGAGAAGAGAAGAACUUGUGUGCGCGUUUCCGUUUCCGCUGCACUGCCACGAGGUCGAGUGGGUGGAUGGCUGGAUGGGUGGAUGGGUGUGGGGUGGUCGAAUGACUGUGCGUAGGUCGACAUGUUUGGCGUAUUGUCGAAUUGCAUAAUAUGCACUUUUUCAUCGGCCAUCCGCCAAAAAUUUACAGCGCUACACACAUCGAUUUAUUGCCUGACAAUUGUCCCGAAUCCACCAGCGCCA